AUGGGAAUUAUGUACGAAAAACGGCCGUUAAAAAGGCCUCGCUUGGGGCCUCCUGAUGUAUACCCACAAGAACCCAGGCAAAAAGAGGAUGAACUUACAUCCACUAACGUCAAACACGGUUUUUCCACAACACCACAAUCUAGUGAUGAGUUUGGAACAGCCAGAAACUUCAACUAUUCAGCAUCAAAGAUAGGACAGUUUUUCUCUAGUAUACUUUCAAAAAAAGAAGAGCUAAACACGCUGCCUGAUUGUGGACGAAAGAGACAGCAAGUAAAUCCUAAAGAUAAUUUUUGGCCAGCUACUGCUCGCACUAAGCCACAAAUUGAAGCUUGGUUCAAGGAUUUAGCAGGAAGCAAGCCUCUAGCUCAGCUGGCCAAAAAGGCACCAAACUUCAACAAGAAGGAAGAAAUAUUUAUAACUCUCACAGAGUAUCAAGUAGCAAUGCCAAGAGCUGCUUGGUUUAUAAAACUAAGCUCAGCAUAUACAGUUGCUGUUUCAGAGGCAAAGAUUAAAAAAAGGCAAUUACCCGAUCCUACUACAGAAUGGACAACUACACUAAUUAAAUUCUUAAAAGACCAAAUACCUAAAUUAGCAGAACAUUACCAAAGUGCAGUACCAAGCAAUCCAUCUGAAAAAACUCCACCUUCACAAUCAGGUCAGGGAACUCCUAAUCAUAAUUCAUCAAGUAAUCCACCCGGUGGUUCGACUCCUAACAGCACAACUGUGCCUAAUUCAAUGCACUCGCCAGGAAAUUCUUCAACUUUAGGUUCAGGAGAGAGCACAGAUUGGCAGCAGGCUCUAAAAUUGUGGAAUUAUUGCUGUCGUCUUGCCAGAUACAUGCUAGAUGAGGGACUAUUAGAUCGACAUGACUUUCUUACCUGGAUUAUAGAACUGCUUGAUAAAAGGACACCUGAAGACGGCCUUUUGAGGCUGUUUCUACCACUUGCCUUACAACAUAUGAGUGAAUUCGUGUGCUGCGAAAGUCUUUCACGCCGCCUAGCGACUACAUGUGCCAAAAAAGCAGCAGCAAUUUGCUCCGUACUCUCUGACACGACUCUUCGCACACUUAACCAGCCAGUGGUGUUUUCUAAAGAUUCUGACAGAAAUGGUAAAAUAAACGGUACACCAAUGUCGCCAGCAACGGAAAACGCCAACGGCGAUGUAAAACCAAAUGUUUCCCAAAUAAAACGCUCAGCAACCCCUGGUGAUCAGAGUCAAGGCACUCCUAACCCAAAUCACUCUAUCGGGACUCCGAAUCCAAAUCAUUCCAUAGGCACGCCAAUCCCAAUGGGUACCCCCAAUCCGUCACAACCCAUGGAUGUGCAAGUGAAAGAAGAGAGUGGAUCACCUCCUAGAGACACAAAGACGGCAAUAAACAAUGUGAUAACAGCGGCUCUGAAUCCUGUCCAAGCAGGAUUCGGCGAAAUAUUGAACUGUGCCUAUCAUAGAGAUAUUAUAAUACAACUAGCUACAAUAUUGCAGAUAAUAUGCAUUGAGUGUCCCACUGCCAUGGUCUGGUCUGGUUGUGGAUCCUCUAUGCAAGGAUCUCCUCUAGAUUUGCUACCACUACCUCCAUCAGCUUUACCUAUGCCUCACAUGGACUCUGAAAUUACAGAACAUCAUAGAAAACUGGUUUAUGAAGCCGAACAAGAAAUCGCGGCAAGAAGUAAAAAAGCUGAAAGCAAAUGGUGUACUGACAAAUGGCAAACAAGUUCCCAAGCUCGUGUAUUAGCUGUCUUGGAAGCGUUGGACCGCCAUUGUUUUGAUCGCGUAGACCCAAACAACAAUCUCGAUACUCUAUACAAAGAAGUUUUUGCUAAUUGCACGCCUCCGUCGAAAGAUUCGCCUACUGAUGGAAAGGAUCCGGAGUGGGCGUGCUCGUACGCGGUGGUACGCGUGCUGUGCGAGUGGGCGGUGUGCGGCGCGCGCUGGGGCGAGCACCGCGCCAUGGCGGCCGCCGCGCUGCUCGACCGCCGCCAGCAGCUGCUGCACCUGCACCACGACCACCACGCCUCCGGUUCAGAUGAUAAAGAAUCUAUUAGUUCGGGCACGGGUCUCUAUAACGGGCCACCAAUCUUCCAAAAUCUACUGCUACGAUUUUUGGACAACGACGCACCAGUACUAGAUGAGAGCCCAAACGCAUCACCAGGAAACAGACAGCAGUUCGCAAACUUGGUGCACCUCUUUGGCGAACUCAUUCGUAGAGAUGUGUUUUCACACGAUGCUUAUAUGUGCACGCUGAUUUCAAGAGGUGACCUUAUAUCGCCUACGGAACCCACGUCGACAAACGGUAGCGGAAGCCACACAGUGGCGCAACCUGCCAACAGUACCGGCACCAAUCAUAACAUGGACGAUGAUAUAUUUGCCGGCAUUGAUCUUAAACCAAAAAUGGAGGAAAACGUAAGAAUGGACUUGGAUGAUUCUAAAAUCGAUGAUGAUCUCGACAAACUUUUACAACACAUAAAAGAGGACCAACAGAACUCUAUGGAUGCUCCCGACAGCCCUAAAGAUCCUGGUGAACCUUCACACGGCGUAAAUUCGCCAAUGAUGGGACCAAGUGGGAUAAGUAUUGCCAGCAUGCAGAGUAUAGGAAUGGGACCAAUGUCUGUACCAGGCAUCCGCAGCAACAGCGCGUGCGGCGGUGGCGUGGCGGGGGUCGGUGUGGGUGGCGGUGCGGGGGGCGCGCCACUGUCGCGCCACUACCACUACACCAUGCACUUCCCGCUUCCGCCCGCCGAGCCCGACCACACGCCGCACGAUGCCAACCAGCGCCACAUCUUGCUGUAUGGCGUCGGCCGCCAGCGGGACGACGCCAAACACGCCGUUAAGAAAAUGACCAAAGAGAUCUGCAAGUUGUUCUCGAAGAAAUUCUCAAUUGAUGUUGCGGAAGGGGGGAAAAUUAAGAAGCACUCACGAAGUGAAUUUAAUUUUGAAUCAGUGACACAAAAAUUCCAAGCGAUGUCGAUGUACGAGCAGGGCGCGGUGUCGUGGGCGGUGGGCGGCGCGGUGUGCGAGGCGCUGGCGGCGUACGCGGCCGCCGCCACCACCUACCUGCCGCAGCCCGAGCACGUCGCCUUCGCGCUCGACCUCAUGGAGAUCGCGCUCAACGUGCACGGCCUCAUCGAAACUUGCAUACAGAUACUCAAAGAAUUAUCAGAGGUGGAAGGCGCUCUCAUAACACGUGGUGCACCGAGCAGUGGCUUAGCGGCACCCAGAGCAUACACAUCUGCCCUAGCUUUGUACACCGUUGGAGCUUUACGACGUUACCACUCUUGCUUAUUACUGUGCGUGGAGCAGACGUCGGCGGUGUUCGAGCAGCUGUGCCGGCUGGUGAAGUGCGUGGUGAACCCGGGCGACUGCGGCUCGGCCGAGCGCUGCGUGCUGGCGCAGCUGCACGACCUGUACAAGGCGGCCGCGCACCUCUGCCACGCGCCGCACGCCGACACCUUCGCCAACGCCUACCCCAAGAUCAAGCAAGCACUUUAUUCACAGUUACAGCCGACACCAUCCAAUUAUGUAUACAAUCCGCAAUUUUUAAGCGAGUUCUUUACAAAUCCUCGUAAAGGUAAAAUAGAAAUUGCAUGGGCUCGUCAAGUCGCCGAAUCGCCGGCUAACAGAUACAGCUUCGUUUGUUCAGCAAUGUUGGCAGUAUGUCGUGAAGUGGAUAACGAUCGGGUAAACGAGCUGGGCGUGCUGUGCGCGGAGAUGACGGCGUGGUGCAGCGGGCUGGCGGCGGAGUGGCUGGGCGCGCUGGUGGCGCUGUGCGGCGCGCAGCACUACCCCGCCGCGCCGCACGCCGCGCCGCCGCCGCUCUACCCCGACCUGCUGCACCACCGCGACCUGCACGACGCGGCCGCGCACGACGCGCUCGCCGUCUUCACCUGCAUCCUGGUCGCUCGCCACUGCUUCUCACUGGAAGACUUCGUGCGACACGCGGCAUUGCCGUCGCUCGUGAAGGCGUGCGGGGGUGGGGGAGUAUCGAACAACCCCGCCAACGCACCCUCGCCUGAUACAGGCGCCCGGCUCACGUGUCACUUGCUGCUUCGUCUGUUUAAAACCGUCGAUACACCGCAACCCGGGCUGUACAGCGUGUCGACGUCGCCGGGGCCGGGCGGCGGCGCGGCGGGCGUGCGGCUGUCGUGCGACCGCCACCUGCUGGCCGCCGCGCACAAGAACAUCGGCGUCGGGCCCGUGCUCGCCACGCUCAAGGCCAUCCUCAUGGUUGGUGACUCAACUGCUCGAGACGGCGGAAAGCCAAGUGGCAAAAAAUCCAGUGAGCUGUCACACAUAUUAGGCACCAGCGAUACCGUCCCCUCAGACGCACAGCUGGACCUUAUGUCGAUGGUAGAUUCAGAGAUGAGUGGGGGCCAUAGAACUCCUAGGGGGAGUGGUGGCGUUGGCUCUACAUUACUAGACUCGUCCCAGUCACUUUCAUCUCUGGCGAGAAGGGUCCUUGCGGAAAUCUGCUCCGAGGAGUGGGUGCUGCAGAAGUGCUUACAGAAUCCAGAUGAGCUCUAUCAACCUGACAUGCUGCUCGAUUCUAUGCUCACUCCACGACAGGCUCAAAGGUUGUUACAUAUGAUAUGUUAUCCUGAUUCAGCCAGUCACACUCAUCCCGAUCUUGACCAGAAAACUAUGAUAACGCGCCUGUUGGAGAACCUGGAGCAGUGGUCGCUGCGCAUGUCGUGGCUGGACCUGCAGCUGAUGUUCAAGCAGUUCCCGAGCGGCUCGUCCGAGCUGAGCGCGUGGCUCGACACCGUGGCCCGCGCCGUCAUCAACGUCUUCCAACAGCCGGCGCCUCCCCCGCCGGAUAAGGACAGGACGGGCACGGACCGCGGCGUGGUGAGCACUAGCAAGUGGUCGGAGUCGGUGUGGCUGGUGGCGCCGCUCGUCGCCAAGCUGCCCGCCGCCGUGCAGGGACGAGUGCUCAAACAGGCCGGACAGAUUCUCGAAAGCGGUUGGGGUUCCGGUUGCAGCGGGAACUGUUCUGGUGGCGGAGGCGGAGGCGGCGGUUCACAUCGAGAUUGCAAGAGCCAUCAGAGUCCUAGCUAUAAAGGGUCGGCGGGCGGCGGCGGCGGCGGCAAGCGCGGCGUGGGCGGCGCGUGCGCGUGCGGCGGCGCGGCCGGCGUGCGCCUCGCCAACGAGCCGCUGCUCUCCCUCGUGCUCACCUGCCUGCGCCACCAGGACGACCAGAAGGAGAGCCUGCUGAGCUCGAUCCACGCGCAGCUGCAGCACUACCUGACGCACGCGCGCGAGCACGAGCGCGCCGCGUGCAGCGACACGUGGCAGGACGAGGUGGCGCCCGAGGCGCUGCAGCUGCGCUUCUCGCUGGCCGGCGGCAUGUUCGACGCCAUCCGCCGCUCCUACCAGCUCACCUCCGACUGGGCGCUGCUGCUCACGCAGCUGCUCGCGCAACAGCUCGUCGACGCCUACAGCAAUAGCAACCUGUUCACAACAUUGAUCGACAUGCUUGCCACUCUCAUACAUUCGACCCUCGCUGACGGAGGAGACGAUAACAACAGGAAGCACUAUCAGAACCUCAUGAAGAAACUCAAGAAGGAGAUCGGCGAUCGACAUGGGCCUUCGGUGCAGAGCGUUCGACAGCUGCUUCCAUUGUCUAAGAACACUAUUAUCGAGGUGAUAGCUUGUGAGCCACUGGGUUGCUUGGUGGACCAAAAGGGCAACAAAAUCUCCGGAUUUGAUAGCGACAAGAAACAGGGUCUUCGACUAACGGAUAAACAACGUGUGUCGAGUUGGGAGCUGGUGGAAGGCGGACGGAACCCUGCACCGCUCUCCUGGGCAUGGUUUGCUGCUACAAAAAUCGAACGAAAACCCCUAACAUAUGAAAAUGCUCACAGGUUAUUGAAGUACCACACGCACAGCCUGGUCAAACCAUUGAGUUACUAUUUAGAGUCACUGCCAUUGCCACCUGAAGAUUUGGAGACGAACGAAGGCAAACAGGAUACUGGCAGUUUGGACUCCAGUCCGACAGGAGCUGGGAAAGGACGUAAGAUGCCUUGCAAAAAUAAUAAGGCCAAGAAGCCAAAAGUUACAACACCAACGGGCGGCGGGGGAGCGGUGGGUGCGGUGGGCGCGGGCGGCGCGGCGGGCGCGGGCGGCGCGCCGGCCGGCCUGGCCGCGGCGCCGCAGCAGCAGCCGCAGUUCAUGCAGUCGCAGCAGCAGUGGUUCCCGCCGCCGGGCCCCACUUACUACAACCCACCGGCGGGCGUGAGCCCACGUGGAGUCUCACAACCAGCCAACACUCAGUCCAAACAGGCUCUCAGCAACAUGCUACGACAACGCGUGCCCUUCAACCAAAUGACUCAAAUGCAGAGCGCUGGAUAUCCAGGUGCGCCACACGCAAGAGGGCCAUUCCCACGGCAAGGCAUGAGACAGAUGCAACCAAAUCAAAUGAGUCAAAUGCAACCAAAUCAAAUGAACCCAAUGAGUGCUAUGGGCAACAUGGGUCCCAUGAGUCAAAUAGGUGGCGUUCAAAUGGGACCUGGACAAAUGGGCGCAGGUCAGAUGGGAAGCGGUCAAAUGGGUCAGGGACAGAUGGGCGGCGGUCAGAUGGGAACCGGACAGAUGCCCGGGAUGGGGGGACAAAUGUUCGGCGGACAAUACGGCGGUAUGCAGCAAGGAUAUGGUGGCUAUGGACAGCAGAUGAUGCAAGGUGGACAACAACAAAUGAUGAACCAGGGCAUGGGGCAGAGUGUAAAUCAAAUGGGUCAACAGGUAAAUCAGAUGGGGCAAGGAGUGAAUUCGAUUGGACAAAAUGUUGGACAAAUGAAUCAAGGUGUUGGACAAGGGGGACAGAUGCCACAAGGCAUGGGACAGAUGGGUCAAAGUAUGAGUCAAAUGGGACAGGCAAUUGGUCAGAUGGGACAAAUGGGACAAGGAGGAGGUAUGGGAACAAUGAAUAGUCAAGCGACAUCGAUGGGACCACAAGGAGGCAACGCCAUGGGUGGAUUCCCCGGGCAGCAAUCAUUCCAACAGAACAUGAUGAGUGGUAGAGCAAGUCAAGAAGCAUUCUUGGCUCAACAAAGGCAGAAUGCACGGCCUCAGUAUAUGCAGGCGCCGAACGUGACGAUGGGCGGCAUGGGCGGGCCGGCGCCGCCGUACCCGCGCGGCAUGCAGCCGGCGCAGGGCGCGCAGUACCAGCAGCAGCUCACGCCGCAGCUGCGCAUGCGCCAGCAGAUGCUCGCCAUGCAGCAGCAGCAGCAGGGCCCGCUCGUGCAGCACCUGCAGCGCCAGCAGUACCAGCCGCCCUACUAG